GCAGCGGCGCAGCGAGCAGAGGAGGAGGAGGCGGAUCAGCGGGCAGACGGGCCGCUGCACAGACCGAACCCUGAUCUGGACCCUCAGACCGACCAGGACCGAACCUGCGGUUUAAGGCAGAGACCGGAUUACAUCAUGGGUUCUACUGGAUCCGAACCGAACCUCUAAGUUAUCUGGACCUAACAGGUAAAAACCACUGAGGGAUGCGGUUCAUCUGGAUCCAGAUCCACAGACCGAACCGCUGAGUCUAGAACCGGAACCAUCCUGCAGCCAUUCCUCCAUCACCGCAGGUUCUGGACCUCAGGGGGGUUCGGCUGCAGGUAGAGCCGCCCAGAACCAUGGGAACCCAGGGCCCCGGCCGGAAGAGGGUCCCGAACCGGGACAGGCUGGCUGCGGAGGAGGAUGCGCUCAGUCAGAUAGCGCGAGAGGCCGAGGCCCGGCUGGCGGCGAAGCGCGCGGCGAGAGCCGAGGCCCGGGAGAUCCGGAUGAAGGAGCUGGAGCGGCAGCAGAAGGAGCUGUUCCACAGCACCAAGAAGUAUUAUGGUCUGGAUAAUAAGUGGGGUCACAUCGAGCAGUGGAUGGAGGACAGUGAGCGCUACUCGCGCCUUUCACGGAGACACGCCUCGGUCUCUGAUGAUGAGGAGAGGAUGUCUGUGGGCAGCCGAGGCAGCUACAGGCCAUCAGACUAUGGCGGCCUCCUGGGCUCCAGCUCUCGGGCCUCCUCCAGGGCCAGUUCAGCCCGUGCAAGCCCUGUGGUGGAGGAGAGGGCGGACCGAGAGUUCAUGGAAAAGGGCUCCAGGACGGCGUCAACUUUGUCCGCCGCCACGCUGGCUUCGCUGGGCGGAGCCUCAUCCCGUAGAGGAAGCUGUGACACGUCGUUCUCCGUGGAAACAGAGGCCUCAAUCAGAGAAAUGAAGGACUCUCUGUUGGAGGCGGAGGAGAAGUACCGCAGAGCCAUGAUCUCCAACGCUCAGCUUCACAACGACAAAACCACUCUGAUGUUCCAGGUGGAGAACCUGAGAGAGGAGCUCAGCGACAUGGAGGAGCUGCUGUGGGAGGCCCGGCGCCGCUGGGAGGAGUCCAGCAAGGAGUUGGAGCGCGAGCGUCAGGCUAACAGCGUCCUGAAGGGCCAGUUCAAGGAGAUGGAGGACAGGCUAAGACAGACCAACGAGACGCUGACGAACCAUGGAGUGGUUUUCUCUCCCGACACGUCGAACGGCGACGUGGAGCUGGCCGACGAUGACUCCGCCUCCCCCCUAGCCGAGGACCCGCCUCACAGUGGCAGAGAGAGCGUGCUGGAGCUGCGGAUGAAGAAGCUGUUUGAGGACAGAGAAGGUUUAAGGGAUCAGGUCCGGCUGCUGAAGUCUCAGCUGGAUCAGCGGAGCAGCGCGGAUGGAGUCCAGAACCCCGGGGGGAACGAGAGCGGCAUAGAUCCUCAUCUGUUAGAGCUGCAGAGAGACCACAGCCGGCAGAUCAGUGAGCUCAAGUUCAAGCUGGUCAAAUCCGAACAGGAAGUCACGACUCUGGAGCAAAACUUGCUCCGCCUAGAGGGCCAGUUGUGUCGUUACAAGUCGGCGUCUGAGAACGCAGAGAGGAUCGAAGAUGAGCUGAAGGUGGAGAAGAGACGACUGCAGAGAGAGCUGCGCUCGGCUCUGGACCGCAUCGAGGAGCUGGAGGUCAGUAACAGCCACCUGUCCAAGCGCCUGGAGAAGAUGAAGGCCAACAGGAACGCUCUGCUCUCCCAGCAGUGAUUCCCAGUCCACCCAGCAGCACCUCCUGAGGAACUCGUCUCCACAGAGGGACGCAGUCGGCACCGGGUGGGUGGAGGACACAGGCGCUGAGACAACCUGUCCAAAAGGAAGCCCCUCCAGCCCGGUUCUGACCCUCAGGUUCCUGUUCCACCUGUGGACUGGAGGUCUCCUGGUGGGGGGGCGGUUCCUCCAUCCAGCCCG